ACUUCCGUCCCGGCGAGGCCCGGAUGGGGCUGUGAGGAAACGGGACGGAGCAGCUGGGUGUCCGGCCCGGGGGAGGGCGCGGGGAAGGCGGGACGAUGGGAGGCCGAGCGCGGGUCGGCCCCGCCGCGGCCUACAGAGGCAGCUUUUACGACUGGCGAAUGCGGGGCUAGAGCAUGAGCGCCAACAAGAACGCCCGCUACAACCGUUUCCCCAGCGGUACAACCAACGGCGCUUCUUCAGAAAGCGCCAACGGGACGAGGAUGGAGACCACGUUUGGCCCUGCGUACUCUGCAGCGACCACCAUCACCAAAGCGGACGGGAGCAGCACCUUCAAGCAACACCGCCGGACUCCCUCCUCCUCCUCCAGCACGCUCACCUACUCCCCUCGGGACGAGGACGAUGGCAUGCCGCCCAUCAACACUCCACGCCGGUCCGACUCGGCCAUCUCCGUCCGCUCGCUGCACUCCGAGUCCAACAUGUCCCUGCGCUCGACUUUCUCUCUCCACGAAGAAGAGGAGGAGCCAGAGCCCCUGGUGUUCGCUGAGCAGCCCUCUGUGAAGCUGUGUUGCCAGCUGUGUUGCAGUGUCUUCAAGGACCCCGUCAUCACCACCUGUGGGCACACGUUCUGUAGGAGAUGUGCCUUAACCUCUGAAAAGUGCCCGGUGGACAACGCCAAACUGACCGUGGUGGUGAACAACAUCGCCGUGGCCGAACAGAUCGGGGAGCUCUUCAUCCAUUGCAAGUACGGCUGCCGGCCUGUGGCCAGCGGGAAGCCUUCCGUCUUCGAAGUGGACGCCCGCGGCUGCCCCUUCACCAUUAAGCUGAGCGCCAGGAAGGACCAUGAAGGCAGCUGCGACUACCGGCCCGUGCGGUGCCCCAACAACCCCAGCUGUCCCCCCCUUCUCAAGAUGAAUCUGGAGGCGCACCUCAAGGAGUGCGAGCACAUCAAGUGCCCCCACUCCAAAUACGGGUGCCUGUUCAUAGGGAACCAGGACACGUACGAGACCCACCUGGAGAUGUGCAAGUUCGAGGGCCUGAAGGAGUUCCUGCAGCAGACGGACGACCGCUUCCACGAGAUGCAGGUGGCCCUGGCUCAGAAGGACCAGGAGAUCGCCUUCCUGCGCUCCAUGCUGGGCAAGCUCUCCGAGAAGAUCGACCAGCUCGAGAAGAACUUGGAGAUGAAGUUCGAUGUGCUGGAUGAGAACCAGAGCAAGCUCAGCGAGGACAUGAUGGAGUUCCGGCGCGAUGCCUCCAUGCUGAACGAUGAGUUGUCCCACAUCAACGCCCGGCUGAACAUGGGGAUCCUGGGCUCCUACGACCCCCAGCAGAUCUUCAAAUGCAAGGGGACCUUUGUCGGGCACCAGGGCCCCGUCUGGUGCCUCUGCGUCUACUCCAUCGGAGACCUGCUCUUCAGUGGCUCUUCUGACAAAACCAUUAAGGUGUGGGACACCUGUACCACGUACAAGUGCCAAAAGACCUUGGAAGGCCACGACGGAAUUGUGCUGGCACUCUGCAUCCAGGGGAACAAGCUGUACAGCGGCUCUGCAGACUGCACCAUCAUCGUCUGGGACAUUCAGAACUUGCAGAAGGUGAACACCAUCCGUGCCCACGACAACCCCGUGUGCACCCUGGUCUCCUCGCACAACAUGCUGUUCAGCGGCUCCCUGAAAGCCAUCAAGGUCUGGGAUAUUGUGGGCACCGAGCUGAAGCUGAAGAAGGAGCUGACGGGGCUGAACCACUGGGUCCGGGCGCUGGUGGCAUCCCAGAAUUACCUGUACAGCGGGUCCUACCAAACCAUCAAGAUCUGGGACAUCCGGAACCUGGAGUGCGUGCACGUCCUGCAGACCUCGGGCGGGAGCGUCUACUCCAUUGCCGUCACCAACCACCACAUCGUCUGCGGCACCUAUGAGAACCUCAUUCACGUGUGGGACAUAGAGUCCAAGGAGCAAGUGCGCACACUGACGGGACACGUGGGCACCGUGUACGCCCUGGCGGUCAUCUCCACGCCUGACCAAACCAAAGUCUUCAGCGCUUCGUACGACCGGUCCCUGCGGGUGUGGAGCAUGGACAACAUGAUCUGUACCCAGACCCUCCUGCGCCACCAGGGGAGUGUCACGGCACUGGCCGUCUCCAGGGGGCGCUUGUUCUCGGGUGCCGUUGACAGCACAGUUAAGGUCUGGACGUGCUAGUGGAUGCUGCUGCCAUUGCGGAGAUGCCGGACGACCAAAUACUCCCUUGGCUCUGACUUGACACACUCCUUUGCUUAUCUCUGAAGCCGCUCGCCAUCCAAGAGAGUGCCACAGCGGCCACAUACCUCAGAAGGCUGCCCCUACGCUACACAUUUGGCCCCACAGUGGUUUUCGUCUUCGUCGACCCGCGUCUCGGCUGCGAUGGUGGACUCCCGAGGCUCUUACGUUGUCAACAGGAACUGAAGGGUUGACCUGGGGCUGGAAGAGGCAGCUCAAACACUUCCCGGGCACUUUGCAAACUUGCCGUGCCAGAGCCAGACUCCGUCUUUGGGCUCCUCCUCUUUUUAUUUAUCCCAUAGCUCCUCCCGUUGCGCUCACUGCUGAAACGGGAGACCCGCCUCCCCGCCACACUCCUCACAUUAACCAGGUACGAUUCCUCCAUCACGUCAGGUACACGCGAGCCUGUCUGCUCCCAGAAUCAUGUCACAGUAGCCUCCCUCCCCCCCAGCAUAAAGAGGAGGAGGGAGGGAGGCGCCCCGAUUGUGUUUGUAACGACAUUUUCUACUGUUUUUAAAAUUGUGAUAUAGACCUGGACUUUUUUUCUUCCUUGACAAUAAAAACCGGACCAUUCUUUUA